AUGGUCACAUCUGCUCGUAUGACUGCCAAGGAGGAGCUCCAGCGCCUUGAGGACGAGCGCGUCAACAUGCGCGCCGAGGCCGAGGCGCCCUUCCGCACCCUGCGCCUCGUCAUCUUCGGCUUCUCCGUCGCCAGCGCGGGCGUCGGCACGCUGAUCUCGCUGCCGCAGCUGGCGGGGGCGCUCAACGGCGGCCGCAACGCGAUGCAGGUUGAUGACGUCCUCACAAACCUGGCGAUCAACAUAGGGGCCGUAACCAUUUUCGCGUUCCUCUUCAGGCAGGACUGGAAGGCGCGGGAGAAGCAGCUCGUGAGGCUGGGGCGGGAGUCUGCGCUGGCGUCGCAGCGGGUGCUGCUGGCCAACGGCAAGCGCCGCACCCUGCGGGACCUGCAGGGCACGUCGCGGUGCGUGCUGCUGGCUGGCACGCCCUCCCAGGUGGCGGCCUCCCUGGCCGCGGCGGAGCCGUACCGGGAGCAGCUGCUGCAGCGCGGCGUCUUCAUCGUCCCAGUCCCGAUUUUUGACGAGCCGGCGAGCAGCAGCGGCAGCGGCGGCGACGAGCAGCAGGGGCAGCAGCAGCAGGCGGCGGCAACGAUACCGCCGCUGGAGAGGGGCGACCUGAGGUGGCGGGGCGAGGCGCAGCAGCUUCAGGGGUACAAGCAGUGGUUCCAGGAUCAGCUGUCGUUCUCGUCUUCGAAAGUGACGUCAGACACGGGACUCUACGUUGGCCUGCGGCUGGACGGCAGGGUCCGCGCGUCAGGCAUGGGCGGCGCCCCCUGGGCGCGCAUGGUCGCUGAGCUGGCGCCGCUCGAAGGGGAGAGCAAGUGGGCGGGCAUGCUCGACGGUUUUGAUGGCGACAGCGCCCCCAGGUGA